CCAGCCUGCAGACGUCGCCAAUAUGAUUAAAAUAAGCAUAACCUGUUAUAGUGUUUAUAAAUUGUUUGUAGUCAGUUUACCUUAAAAGUUCAGCAGGUCCAGGUGUGUGUUGGAGGCGAAAAAAAUGCGGAAAUAUUAUCUCCUGUGUGUAUUUCUGUAUCUCGUGGGACAUCUACAAGGGUUGAAGCACUGUGGCGACUGUGUAAAAUUCAAUUCCUGCUCAAGAGCAACAGAUCUCGCAAUACACAAUAGGAAUUCGGAUACAGAAGAGAAAUUUAAAAAUUCCUUUUGCGGCUACGAAGGCUCAGGAUACAAGAAGAUUCCAAAAGUAUGUUGCUCAGAUUUCGAAGACGAUGAAGGUAGAGAUGACAUAGAGAACCAUCCAAACAUUAACCUCCUACCGGACUCCUGCGGUGACAUAGACGGCAGGCGCAUCGUGGGGGGGGCCACGGCGAACCUGUACGAGUAUCCGUGGAUGGCGCUCAUCUCUUACAAAACAAGACGAGGUCUUCAGUUCCAGUGUGGAGGGAGCAUUAUUAAUUCAAGAUACAUCUUGACUGCCGCACACUGUGUUAGAAAUAGGAUCAUCGCUGGUGUACGCAUAGGAGAAUACGACAUACGGUACAGGACUGACUGCCAGGGGACAGGAGACCAAUACGCUUGUGAAUCACAUAUUCAGGACAUGAUCGUAGAAGAAAUAAUUUUCCAUGAAAGCUACGUGAAAACAAGUAAGACUGUGGCCAACGACAUAGCCCUGUUGCGACUGAUCAAGCCUAUCAACUUCACAUAUAGAAACGCCGCCCCCAUAUGCUUACCAAUAACGGCGAGUAUGAGGAAUACAGAAUUGUCUGGGAGACAGGCGACGGUUGCUGGGUGGGGCCUCACUGAGAAUAACGAGGAUUCCUCGAUACUGCUGAAGGUGGAAGUCCCCAUCUGGAGCAGCAGCCAAUGCAGCAGUUUUUACAACAGAUGGAAUGUGGAUACCGAGCUCUGCGCCGGGGCAGUCAACAAGGACUCGUGCGAAGGUGACUCCGGCGGCCCUCUCAUGCUGGAGAGCACAUACAAGGGGGCAUACAGAAUCAUACAGUACGGCAUAGUUUCCAGAGGGCCCCAGAACUGCGGCUCCAAUAAUCCAGGAAUAUACACGAACGUCACCAAAUUCAUGGGCUGGAUACUGGACAAUAUUCGACAAGCAUCAGUUAGCUCGCCCAGUUCAACAACUCCGGUUGUGUGCAGAAAAAUGUUCAAAUUUAUACUUUUAUUUGCACUCUUGUUUAUUACUGUACAUGCAAAGCAAUGCGAAGAUUGCAUAGCGUACACCAAAUGUCCGCGCGCUGCUGAGCAAGCGAAGCGCAAUGAAAACGCUGAGACAUUCAAAAAUGCCUUCUGCGGGUUCGACACCUCACAAAAUAACAAGAUUCCGAAGAUGUGUUGCUCCGCCUUCGAUCCAGUCACCACCCUCAAUCGUGUGAAUCUAGAAAGCCACCCCAACGUUGGUCUCCUCCCGGAAAACUGCGGAGACAUCAACGGGCGGCGCAUCGUCGGCGGAACCACCGCCAACCUCUACGAGUUCCCCUGGAUGGCUCUCAUCUCUCACAGAACACGUUACGGUCUCCAGUUCAAAUGCGGCGGCAGCAUCAUCAACUCGAGGUACAUUCUGACGGCGGCCCAUUGCGUCCAGAACAAGCAGAUAGCUGGCGUCAGAAUCGGCGAGCUCGAUCUCCGCUACGCGACCGACUGUCAGGGCACGGGAGAAACUUACGUCUGCGAAUCACAUCUCCAGGAUAUGCUGGUCGAAGAAGAAAUUGUGCAUGAAGGUUACGUGGGAUUACCGACUGUACUGAACGACAUUGCUCUUCUUCGCCUCAAAAAGCCAAUAGACUUCUCGUACAAAAACGCAGCUCCCAUUUGUCUGCCCGUAUCGUCUGCAAUGCGCAAUGUAUCUUUGGGCGGCAGAAAGGCAACAGUAGCCGGGUGGGGAUUGACAGAAAACAACGAAGAUUCAUCGGUUCUGUUGAAAGUUGACAUUCCAAUUUUAAGGGGAGACGACUGCCGGAAGAAGUAUAAUAGGGGAUCAUCAAAGGACAGAACAGAGAACCAGCUUUGUGCUGGUGAGCUGAGGAAGGACUCCUGCAACGGUGACUCGGGAGGUCCCCUCAUGUUGGAGAAUGAAUACCAGGGGGCUUACAGGAUCGUGCAGUACGGCAUCGUCUCCCAUGGACCCAAGCAGUGCGGCUCCGAGUACCCAGGGAUCUACACUGAUGUAACCAAGUUCAUGGACUGGAUAUUAAACAAAAUCAAAGAGUAACCAGCAACGACUGUAGUUAAAGUUAUUCUUGUAAAUUUUAGUAAUAGAUUAAA